AUGUCCGCUGCCACUACAACCACAGACAAGGGCGCCAAGCCGUGUCUCGACGAGCCGGUGACUGACUCCUCGCAGGUAGGCGUCGACAUCGAAAAGCAAGACGCCGCCGCCGCCUCGCAGGAUGAACCACCGUCGAAGAUGCCGCCUGGAGCCAAGGCAGGCCUGACGGUCCGUCAGUUCUGGCUCGCCAUGCUGGGUCUCAACGUCGGCAUGCUGCUGACGGCGCUCGACUUCAACAUUGUUGCCACAGCUGUGCCCAUCAUCUCCUCCGAGUUCAAGGAAUACAAUAACUCUGCGUGGCUCGGAACCAGCUUCCUCAUCACUUUUGCCAUUAUUAUGCCCAUCACCUCCAAGCUCAGCGACGCCUUUGGCCGCAAGAACGUCUUCCUUGCCGCUACCGUGGUCUUCAUCGUUGGGAGUGCCCUCUGCGGCUGGUCCAACAGCAUGAACAUGCUGAUUGCGUCCCGCGCGGUGCAGGGUCUCGGUGCUGGUGGCAUUUACGGCCUUGUGAAUGUCAUUCUAACCGACCUUGUGCCACUCCAAGAUGUAGGCAAGUACCUUGCCGUCACCGCCAUCGUCUGGGGUAUCGCAGACAUUGCCGGACCCUUAUUAGGCGGUGCAUUUUCUCAAUACGCGACAUGGAGAUGGUGCUUCUGGAUCAACCUCAUCAUCUCACCCAUCAGUUUUGUCAUUGUCGCCAUUGUUCUCAAGCUUCCCCAUAACAGAAACACCACCGUCAAGGGGGAGUUCCUCAAGUUUGACUACCUCGGCACCGUCCUCAUCUCCGGCGGCACCACGACCCUCGUUCUCGGCCUUCAGUGGGGCGGAAACAUCUUCCCCUGGGGUGAAGCUAAAGUCAUCGGCACUCUGGUCGGAGGUUUCGCCAUGAUUGUCGUUUUCUACGUCUCCAUCCACUUCGCGAAGGACCCGCUCAUCUUCCCCUCCAUGUUCAAGAGCCGCACUCUCAUCUGCCUCUUCAUUGCCGAGUUCUUCUUCGGUGUGACCCUUCUCGGCACCAUGUACUACGUCCCCCAGUUUUUCCAGCUCGUCUUUGGAGACACAGCCACCCUCUCCGGUAUUAGUCUCCUGCCUAUGAUGCUCGGUCUCAUUAUAGGCAACCCCAUCGCAGCGUGGGUCACCAGCAAGUAUGGUGUAACAAUUAUUAACGCCGUCGUCGGCGCCGGACUUGAGAUUUUAGCCUGUGGCCUCAUGACCCGCUGGAACGCCAACACACCACGCGCCGAGGCCAUCGUCGUCCUCAUCAUCCUCGGUAUCGGCAUGGGUGCCGUCAUGUCCGCCCUCUUACUAAGCUGUCAAGUGUCCGUGCCCCCAGCCCAAAUAGGCGUCGUGACGGGCCUGGCCAUUUUCAUCCAGACGGUCGGCGACAUCUUCGGCAUUGCCAUCUUUGCCGCCGUUUAUCUCAACAGGCUCAAGAGCAUCCUGCAGGGGCUGGGCCUCACAGCUGAUCAGGUCGGCGUUGUCCUAUUGGAUGUGCAGCACAUUCGGCAGACCUUUGACGGCGACCAGCUGCAGGACAUUAUCGAUGUCUAUGCGCGCAGUCUUCAGAACGGCUGGUGGUUCAUGUUUGCGGCUGCGUCGGCUGUCCUGGUCUUCUCUGCUGUCUGCCGCCAGUACAAGUUCGGAGACAAAUGA